AUCACACAUCAAAUGUUAUUAACAUACCAACAACAUGAAGUUCAUCUUCUUCUUCUUCUUCCUCCUCAUCUCCAUUGCUCACGCAGAUUUAAUUCCCAACCAAAUUCAUCCUCUGCACCCGAAAACCGGGUCCUCCGGGAGCCAGGUACCUCAAAUCAACUGCCUUAGCUGGCGUUUAGCUGUUGAAACAAACAACAUUCAGGACUGGACAUCAGUGCCUCUUCAAUGCGAAGAUUACGUUGGGCAUUACAUGCUUGGCAAACAAUACCGCGACGACUGUUACAAUGUAGUCGCCGCGGCUAUUCAGUAUGCCAAAACACUCAAAAUUAGCAAAAAUGGCAAAGAUGUUUGGGUUUUUGAUAUUGAUGAAACUACUCUCUCUAAUCUUCCUUAUUACGCUCGUUCUGAUGUCGCUUUUGGGUCGAUAAAAUACAACGGCACGAAAUUCGAUGAGUGGACGCGAGAAGGAAAAGCACCACCAGUACCAGCAGCUCUGUUUCUGUAUAAUACAUUGUUAUCUAUGGGUAUUAAACCAGUAUUUCUCUCAGGAACAAAGGAAGAGUUUAGACAAAUAAGAAUUAAAAACCUAAAUAAAGUUGGGUAUCAUUCAUGGAUUAGGCUCAUUUUGAAGGGAGUAAAUGAUACAGGAUCAUCAAUGAAAUACAAGUCAGGGAAAAGAGGGGAGUUGGUGAAAGAUGGAUACAGAAUUGUUGGGAACAUUGGAGACCAAUGGAGUGAUUUGCUUGGUGAUUAUGUUGGUCAGCGCACUUUCAAAUUGCCUGAUCCGAUGUACUACAUUGCUUGAAACUCGAAAUUUGAAAUUUGAAACUGACUAUUAAUGUCAGUAAUUAGCAUUUUUAUUUGGUUUUGAAUUUUGAAAAAUGUUAAUUUUCUUCUACAACCCUACCUAUUCUUAUUUUGUGUGUUUUUUUUCUGUAAUCAAUCAAAAGGGUGUAGAAAUGAGAAAUGCAGUUGAUUCACAAUGA